CCACAGGAAAUAUUCGACGACUAUUUACUUAUACAGCGAGUUGCGCUCGUUCAUCAUGAUACCUUAGUAUGCGGUUGUGAAGCCUGACACAUUGGACUGGAAAACGUUUGAUAAAGGUGUGGAGAGCUUAUUGCCCCCAAUCAACUAGACUGCUUUCAAGGAGUUCACUAUUCACGCCAAGGAGAAACACACCAAGAAUGAUGGUCAAACCACUUGCGAGCUCUCUACCAAGUACAGUAUGGGUGGAUUAUAUAUCGUCCGGCGGCUCGAUUUCGACGACGGUACCAGUUGGAUAGCACGGCUUCAACACAAGCAACCUACCAGAGAGUUUCUUCAGCGUCUGAUACACGAAAUCCAUGCAAUCGAGGUCCUUCGAGGACGAUCAAAGAUUCCGGUCUCAGAGAUAUUUGCGUAUGAGGCUAGCAACAAUGUCGCCGGUGUGGCAUUUAUGAUCAUGGAAUUCAUUCCGGCCGACACCGCCAUAGAUUCAUUCGGCAGUUAUUUUGUACAUAGAGGCAAAACGCCUCCGCAGUUCAAGGACAAAUUUUAUUGUGCAAUGGCUGGAAUUAAAGUAAGGUAUCAAACUAAUACGUCACAGGUUGAGCUGACUGUGCGGUUUCCAAAGAUUGGAAAUAUCAUCAAACUCCCCGAUGGAACCUAUUCUACAGGACCGAUUCCUGGCAUUGGCGACCCAAUCGACACGGCUGCUGAUUUUUUCCUAGUCUGGGCAGAACAAGCGAAGCUCCCCCCUUCAACGAAAACACCAUUCGUGCAAGAACGCCCCCAGAACUUGUAGACGAGGUGCUAUUAUCCAUUAAGGAGUUCCCAUCACGACUUCCGAGCUCCUCCCGACAAUGUUCCUUUCAAGAAGGCCCGUUCUCCGUGUUCCAUACGGAUCGCUACAAAAGCAACGACAUUGUAGACUGCCAGUAUAACAUUCUGAGCGUCAUUGACUGAGAAAACGCGAUUACUGCUCCGUGGGAAGCGGUCGAGAUCACCAAGGACCUGACUAUCGUGCCGCCUGCAAUUGAAGGACCGUUUUAUCGAGAGACAGUGGGAUCGAGAGAUAUUGACCGACCGAAAAAUAAAUAUGUUGAAGUCAUUCAGGAGAUGGAGAAUACAGGCAACUAGAUUGCAAACUGUCAACGACCCUUGGGGACCGGAACACUGAGAACUUGGCUCAGGCGAUAUGGCUCUAUCCCGAUGGCAGGAUUAGCCUCUACACCAAAUUAUUGGAAAUGUUUCAACUCGAA